AUGCAUCCCUACUGCAUUACCAACGUCCUCUUCCUCAUCGCCACACUCAUCACCCUCGUUCUCUCUGCUAGCCUGCCACUCGAUGCUGCUCAUUCUGCCGUCGCCUUCGAGAAAUACCAGAUGCAACCGGCCACUUUCAAGGGUGAGAUCGGUGACCAUUCUUACGAAUUGAAUGGUACUGCUGAGACAGUUUGGGCUCAGCUUAAGGAGAUAUAUCCAGAAAUUGAGCUGAAGGAGCAUGAUUCACUUGGCCUCGAGACUCGUGCAAUGGAGAAGAGAAACAAGAUCCUGCCACCGCUCUGCAUCCCAGUAAGCGGCUGGCCUUGGGUUGGGGCAACUCCCUCAGCAAUCCAGGACGGCAUCUCCUACCUCAAAAACCUCAACACACGCAUUAACAUAGAUGCACAUGCCUGCUCGCGCAUCAGCUGCUCGUACAGUAGUGCAAUCUUUCUUUGCAACGACAACGAUGUUACGAUCUCUCCGGCAUCCCCAUAUUUGGCGACCUAUGCACAAGAUCUUAAUCAUCUUAUGGACCUCUGCAGAAGCGGCAAGAAAGCUGGAGGCCAGCUGUUUGAUACCGAUCGCUACAACAUUAUCAUGAGACAGGACGAUUGUUAG